AUUGCACAGCAAUUUACAUUUUUGACAUCUAAAUUUCAUAUGUCUAUCAUUGUUGAAUUAAUGGGAAUGGAAGUUGAUAAUCAAAGAACAAUUUAAGUUAGACUUUGAAUUGCGAGAUGUGACGUGUCCACACAAAGGUUUACGGAUAAUAGCUGAUUUGUAACAUGGAUAUCAUCGUUUUAUUGUGAGAUGUGACGUGUCCACACAAAGGUUUACGGAUAACAGCUGAUUUGUAACAUGGAUAUCAUCCUUUUAUUGUGAUCUGUGAUAGACGUUAACACUCAAUCCGAGGGAAUACGGGAAAUCUUUAUUGCAAUGAUUCAAAGAUGGAAGUUUUAUCUGGGUCUCGCCAUUUGUUCUUUCUUCGGUUUAGUAAACUCCACAUGCACCUAUCCCUGGGGAGCCGGACCUUGGUCAGACUCUCACGGACGGACCGCCAUUACAUUUAGUACCAGCACCAUGCAAGGUUAUGGUCUCACCUACAGAGGAUCUGAUGUAUCUUCCUGGAACUGUCUGUACUAUAACACAUCCUUGUUUCUCUCACGAUCGCCUAGCAUCAAUGUAGCCGGUGAUGACUACUACUUGUACGUGUGUAUGUUGGUAAAUACGGUAUCCAGUAACAAGGUCUACUACCAUUUAAUGACAGAUACCGAUUCCAGUAUAGUCAUGACUGGUUCAUCUACUGCGGUGCGAUCAACAGUGAGACUCUUGACAGAUUCUGUGUCAGACAUCUGCACGAUAUGUGCCCAGAAUCCUACGUCGAUCUCACUUCCGGUUUCAGAAUUUACUGUUAUGACAGACGACGGAUCUGCAACGACACUAGGGGUCAGUCCAUCAUUUGCACCGAACCCUUGUGACCCGACAGCAACAACAGCAGCAGCAACGACGACAACAACAACCACAACAUCAACAACGCAACCUUCGACCACGACUAUAGCCACAACACAAGGAACUACAUCUCAAGGCGCAACACCUCAAGCACAAGAAACAACAAAUAAAGCCGCCAGGUCUACAAUGACUGAAGCAUCGGAGAAUGUAACGGGCUACAUUGUCGGAGGAACUGUGGGGGCUCUAGUGAUCAUGGUAGUCGUGGUCGGAGGUUUAGUGUGGUUCUUUAAGAAAAAAAGGUUGUGGUUUUUUUCUGAGCGUGUCUCAGCGAAAUAAUUUUUCUUCAUAAAAAACAUGAUACAAUCACGAACGCUAAAAACACGUGUUAUGGUUAUGUUAUUGAGAAAAUGCUGUUUCUUUUUCUUCUUUUUUUCGAUUUCUGGAUAAACUGUUGAUCUCAGUUAUUUUCUUAUUUAUCAAUUAACAAUAUGCAUUUAAGAUUUGUACUAAGUGUAUCGCUAUAAAGUAACGUUAACCAAGUAUCACUAUUGUACUCUUUCCUAAUUAAUGUUAGUUAGUCAGGAACGUAUCACCUGAUGUACGACCACUGGUCAGUAAUAAAACGUUGACGUGUUUCUGGCCUGUGAAUGGUUCAUUAUGUUUCCAGGUGGUUGAAUGGCAUGUUUGUUAAAUUCAAAACUUAUUUAAUUUUACAACAGAAAUAACCAAUCAAUAAUUUACGAUUGUCGAUUGCAAUUAUGAAGAUUAAAUUAUUAUGUAUUUUCUAGACAAUAUUAUGGAAUUAAAAAACCUUUUUUUGCCAGCAACUUUUAAUUCUAAUUGAUUUUGGCUCGACUUGUUACAAAACAUUGAACAUUCUGGUCGAUAAUAUCAAUAGCUCAGGUGAUGUGAUAAGAGUUGAUAUGACCAGCACGGUAGCUGAUCUUUCGAGAUAAGGCUAAGAGGGAAAAGAAUAUAAAGAUAUAAAUAUGAUAGCAAAUGGAAAUGAAAGGUGUUAUAUCUCAGGCAAGUUGAAACAUAUGAAAUACUCGUAAACAACAUUACAUAUGACAUAUGGCAUGAUAAUGAAAGUUCAAGUCUUCUAUGACCACUGAUGCAUUAUCAACUAACUGUCCCAUAGCUUAUCUGUCUGUCCCCGUUGCCUACAUAGUAGGGAAGUAUUCUUUGUACCAAUAAGGUAAUUGGACAUGUUAGCAGGUUUGGAAGCAUUACUUUAAGGUAGCUUUGCCAAGCCUGGCCAGGAAGAUGACAUUUUGAUUCGUUACACAACUACAACUCUGAAUUAUUGUAUUCGCAUGUGCCACAUUUACAGGAUAAUGAAAACGAAUGAGUCAAAACUAAAGAAUAAAAGAGGAACAAAAAGAUGCUAACAUGAAAAGAUGCCGACAAACACUAACUUCUCAAGAAUUGUAAGCAUUUCUGAAAAAGUCCCAAGAUAGAAUGACGUAAAUUGACUAGUACAAAAAGCUGAUUAAUAGGUUCAAAGGACUAGGCAAUCCAAGAUGUUCUGAUAUAUUAUAAUAUAUGUAGCAAUAACGGUUCAUUUAUGGCAUGGGACUACAUAAGCUGAAGAAUUAUAUAUGUUGCUGCAAGGAAAAGAAAAUAAGAUAUUGAAAUAAUUAUCUUUGACAAAAGUAAGACCUAAGAAUCAAAAGAGUUUUUUCAACUGGACGCUAUGUGUUGAAAAUCAAUGGCAAAGAGAGAGCGCGUGAGAGAGUGAAAGAGUAAGAGAGUGAGAGAGUGCGUGAGAACGAGUUUCUGUUGUUGUACAUCAUCCUAGUUCCUGUGUUGUGACGUUACUUUCUGUAGUUGCGAUUAUAUCUGAGGACAGGUUCCUGUUAUUGUAACAUUGUAAUCGCGGUUAGUCUGGCAGUGUGUCAUUACUCGAGGUCAGGAGGUAGAUGGACGUAACACUGAUAAGACACUUCAAUUACUUGACCUUUACAGCGGAUCAGAGUUACCAGAAUGUGGUCCCUCUCCUGUCUCGUGACGUUGCUCACCCUAGAAAUCACUCUGGCCGCUGAUUGUCUGUGCGUGACAGGUUCCACAAAAAAGAUCUAUACAGGCCCUGAUGUCACACAGGAGGCCAUUGGCCUCGCUAUACGUGGGGAGUGUCUACCUGUUGCCCACACAAACGACGAGAACAAAUCAUGGGUUGCUGUCGAUUUCAAAAAGAAUAUCAUAUUUCAUCAAUUUCAUUUAAUAGGUUACAUGGUACGGGACAGUAAUUUGGUAUAUCAACAAUGUAGUGAUGGACAGGCGAUAGCCUUCCUUACCACCACCGAAUCCUACAUCUCGUAUAGUUCAACCACAGAUAAUAAAGAAUUAACAUCUACAGAGGAAACAAUAACAACAGCGACCAUCUCUACUUCGACGACAAGAAAAGUGCCAGACAGUACGCUACCAACCAAAGUAACAGAUACUUCGGUACCAACCAAAGUACCAGAUACUUCGGUACCAACCAAAGUACCAGAUACUUCGGUACCAACCAAAUUACCAGAUACUUCGGUACCAACCAAAGAGCUAAAUACUACACCACUAGCCACUGAGACGGCAACUACCGAUGGACAUACUUCUAUUUCGGCAUCAACCAAUGAACCUCUAUCAACCACUACACCUAUUGUGGUAAAUAGCGAGUCCACAACCUCCUCGCAAACCACAGACGAAAUAUCAUCGACGUCACUUUCUCGACCCACUACACAGAAUACACAAAUCAUAGGCUCUGUUGUGGAAACGACGUCACGUGAUACACCAGCAGCUACUACGAUACAUGAAUUAACACCAGAUUAUCUAUCCACGACUGGGAUGUAUGUGACGUCAUCAAAUACUAAAGGAAAUAGCCCUACUGUGGAUCUUACGACGAUCUCUACAUUUAAUUCUACAGCAUUAUCCAACACCAACACGACAGAUACGUCAUGUAAUCUGACAUGUUUGAAUGGAGGUAUAUGCAUCACAGAUCCCUUCGAGUCUUGUCUCUGUACUGUGGGUUGGACAGGCGAGUCAUGUGACCUGUGUGCCGGUUCUACAUGUGACCAAGGGUACUGCGUAAUGGUUGGAGCCACGCCCAAGUGUGUGUGUUAUCCCGGAUAUACAGGAGUAUCGUGUAAUGAAAGUCACGUGUGUAAUUCAUCUGAGAUUUCUAUCGGAGGGAAUUGCUAUACCUUUAACUAUGUAUAUGAAACAUGUCAAGAAAACUACUGCGUAAACCAGCCAGGUACCGAAUGUCUUGUCAAUUCGGAAGGCAUCUACUGUCUUUGUAAGGACGAGUUCAAUCCAACAGAUUCAACUCCGUGUGGAUGCCCUGCUGGCGAAGUUAGGCAUCUGAAUGGGACAUGUGUCGAAAUAGACUGUCGAGGAGUGUCAUCUUGUUCCCAUGGUUCUUGUUACUUCCGGUCAUUUUAUAACUUUGGUUGUCUAUGUGAUGAAGGAUGGGAAGGAGAGAAUUGUGAUUUAGUGGUGACGCAGUGUGGUGACCAUCACUGUAAUAAUAACGGGACAUGUAUACAAGACCCGGACGCUAUGUGUCACUGUGCUGACGCCUGGACGGGCACGGAAUGUGACAUGUGUGGAAAACAGGAAUGUCACCACGGUGUGUGUAUCCUGGACAGGUACAACCAACCCAUGUGUGUGUGUGACAAAGAAUACAGCGGACCAAAGUGUGACCAAGUCAUGCAGUGUUCUGGUCAGGAGUUUGGCGGACACUGUUAUGGAAAUGACCUGGAUAAUUUCACCCCGUGUGUUGAAAACGUGUGUUUGACUGGUCAAUUGUGUGUGGCCGCGCUGCACACUUUCAAGAACGAUUUAUACUGUGUGUGCAAGGAAAACAUCACGGAGGCUUACCUGUCUUCAGACUGUGGCUGUCCGGAGCGGUCACUUCGAAACUAUCGUGGAGAGUGUAUAGAUAUACUGUUAUAGACCUCAGAACAAAUUAAUAAAGGGUAAGAUGCAUGCAUAUAUUUUAAUUUAACAUUUAAAAAAAAUACAAAUAAAA